GAACCAGGUUACCAUGACCAGCUACGAACUCACAAUUCAUAAAUGUACUUAGACAUCACAUUUCCGUCAUUUGCACAAGUUACGAGACAGAAGCUAACAUCAUUCACGGGUUUAUAUUGAGAUGGAAGAACAAGACAUUCGAGAGGAUGAAGUUGGUGCGGAAUACGAUUGGCCUGAUCCUCUUCGUCUUCUUGGUUAUCUACCUGGAGCGCACCACUUUAUCAAUAUACAGAAGAGAACAUUCUUCAAACUUUUAGUUAAAAGAGGCUUAGCAUUCCUUUAUAGACGUGGCUUCGACUUAGAUCCAGAUUCACCCAUCCUCAAGGAAGAACAUGAUGAUGCGGAAAAUUAUUCAAAUACUGGUAUAGAUGAGUCUGAAAUGACCCCUAAUGAGAAUGAUGAGCGGGAAGAUGAAUCAAAUGUAGAGAGUGACUAUGAGGAUGAUAUGGCAGAGACAGAGGACAUGAAUGAAAAAAAGACUCAAAACCCUAAAACUGUAUUGAUUGUUGGAGCAGGAAUUUCUGGUCUUGCUGCAGCGCGUGAACUCAAGCGUAGCGGUCACAAAGUUAUAAUUCUUGAGAGGCAAAGCAGAGUUGGAGGAAGAAUUAAAACUGUGCAUUUUAAUUUUCAAAAAUCUCCAGAAAUCAAAGCAGAAGUUGGAGCAAUGCGAAUCCCCACACACAAACGCCAUUAUCUUACGGAUUGUUAUAUUCACAAGUUUGGACUGAAAAAGAAACCGUUUUAUAAUGUUGACCCCGAAAAACAUUGUUUUGUUAAGGUUAAACAUAGAGCUGUGAGAGUCAGUGCCUUUAGGAGCAACAACUGCAAGGAACGAGCUGAAGCAAAAGAAAUGUGUGACAAACUAUGGCCUGGAUGGGACGAGAAUAUCAAAAAGAAACAACUCAGAAAACACUACAAAAUUGAUAACAUCAUGGAUUACUACAGCUUAACUAUAAAUGAGGUCAUUGAGAGCAUUCCGAAGUUUGACAAAAAUCCAGAAAAGUAUGCACGUGAAUGGCGUAAAUGGUUAGAACGCUGGAGUAAGAUGUCCUUCACUGAAUUUUUUUUAUCAAAAGAGAGUUGUGAUUCAAAAAAAUGCCCUCCAAAGUUCAGACCUUGGCCAAAAAUCGCAAUAGAUUGCCUCACUGAUGUAAAUUACAUUCCCAAUUCUGAGUUAUCAGUUGCUACGGCGCUAGCGGAGGAAAUUGGUGAUUGGUGGACUCCAAAAAUGAAAACACUCGUAAACGGAAUGGAAGAAUUACCCAAUGCAUUUAUUAAAGAUACCUGUGAUCCGUAUUGUUUACAAGAGGAUCUUCGAUAUGGAAUCAUAAUAAAAAAAGUUGAAUGGCAAAAGCUAUGCAAUGACGAUAAAACGUCUAACGCAGUCAAAGUUAUUGGUCAACAGACUCAAACUGGAAACGAAGUUCGGUUUGAAGCUGAUGCCAUCAUUUUGACUGUCCCAUUGAAUGCUCUGCGACAAAUUGAAUUCGAGCCUUUACUGCCACAGCGUGUAAAUGAUGCGUUUAGUAAGAUUCAUUAUGCACCCUCCACCAAAAUAUUGCUUGGCUUUCGGAAAAGAUUCUGGGAGAAGGGAAGGUUCCCUGUAUUCAAUGGUGGAAUAUCUAAGACAAAUUUACCCAUCAGCCAGAUCGUUUACCCUCCCAAGGAAUUAUGUGAACAGAUGGCAGACCGUGGUGUACUUAUGAUUUACACAUGGAAUAGAGAAGCUCUAUUAUUUGGCUCUCAAUCUGAAGACGAAGCAAUAUCUGAAGCUUUGCGGGAAGUAGAGACUGUGUAUGAAAAUUUGUUACCUGAUGAUGAAAAAAAUAUUUCAGAGCUUUUUGAAGAAGGAGUUGUUCAAGCUUGGUACAGUGACCCGUCAGAACGUGGAGCUUAUGUUCAUCUAAUGCCAUACAGUUAUAUGAAUCAUAUGCGCACACUAAUAGAGCCCAAAGAUAUUCAUCCAAUCUUUUUUGGUGGUGAGGCGAUCUCAUUUGCCAAUGGUUGGAUCCAAGGGGCCCUGGAAUCUGGCCUUAGAGCGGCGUGGCAAUUUUACAAGUUUAAUGAAAAUCAAUGUAAAAAUGAGGGACAAGAGAAAAAUGAUUUACAACCCAAUCCAUAUUCAUGUUUUGAUUCUACCAUAAGGCCCAAGAUGGAUAUGAAGGAGCAAAUGAAGCUGUCAGAUUUAAAGACUUAUCCUUUCCCAAUUUAAAUUUUUUUUAGAAAUUUUGGAUCUUAAGUAUAAAGCAUACAAAUCAAUUCACGACUGAAUUUUACCAUUUGUUGCUAUCCUUACAGUAGACUCAUAAACAAUUCAUAUAUUCACUAAUCAAUCAUUAGAAUAAGUACGAAAAAUGCAACCAGCAAUGUGCAAAAUUUUGGAGAUAAAUCUGAUUAAGUUAAGUUCUCAGUUACCUUGACAGUUGACAACUUAUGUAGAAUAAUUUUGUUUGAAAUUGAAUUAAAGUUAAAUUGCUAAAGCAAUCAAA